UCCAAGGCGGUCAGACUAUUGGGCAGAGGGAGAGAGACGCAGACCAGAGAAAACGCUGGUUUUUAUCGUCUCAGCUCUCAGCCUUACCACCUUGCAGGGAAGACGGUAAAAGAAAACCUUAACGCUUAGCCUAGAGGAAGGAGAAGAUGGCGAACGCAGAUGUGGAAGCCGUGGAUUUCGAGCCAGAGGACGAUGAUCUCAUGGAUGAAGACGGAGCCAUCGAAGUCGAAGCGUCCCCUCGAGCUCCUCCCCCUAAACUGAAGUCUGCCAUCACUGGUGGCUCUUCCGCAUCCUUGUCCGCACCUAAGAAGACCAAGGGCAGAGGCUUCCGAGAAGAAGCUGAAGCAGAACGUAACAAUCGCUUUGCUUCUAAAGAUUUCGAUUCUUUGGACUCCAAUGGCGGCCCUGGUCCACAACGAUCUAUUGAGGGGUGGAUUAUUUUGGUAACUGGUGUACACGAGGAAGCGCAGGAAGAUGAUCUCCAAAAUUCUUUUGGUGAAUUUGGGGAAAUUAAAAAUUUGCAUCUGAAUCUUGAUCGUCGAACUGGAUUUGUCAAGGGCUACGCAUUGAUUGAAUACGAGAAUUUUGAAGAAGCACAGGCUGCAAUAUCUGAAAUGAAUGGUGCUGAGCUCCUUACCCAGACCAUCUCAGUUGAUUGGGCUUUCAGCAAUGGACCUUCCAAAAGAAGAAGCAUGAGGAGGAGGUCACCACGUGGGCACCGUUCAAGGAGUCCUAGGAGGAGAUACUGAUGUUACCUGUUUUUGGAAGUGUGUUGUCAUCUUGGGAUAUUAAUCCAUACUUAGUUUUGUUGCUAGAAUAUUUGUUGAUGCGGAUGGUUGAUUCAUGCUUGAGAGAUUUCUCUUUCUUUUUCCCUCAACUGUUUUGUGGAUCUGUUUUGGUUUCCUCUAUGCCAUAACCUUUUCUGUUCUUCCCUGGAUUGUGUGGCAUUCACCACAAAAGAAAAGUAUGGUACUAGUUUAUGUAAAAAACUAUGAUCAGUAUUAUGUUGAGUUACUUUGGACAA